AUGACUGUUUCUGAGUUCUACCCGCUACCAGUUUCAGAGAUAAGAGAGAAGUACUACCCCAAUUUGGCCAAUCAAACAUAUCUAGAUCAUGCUGGAACAACUGUGUACUCAUCACUCACAUUAGACAAAAUUCAUGAGGCAUUAUCCAAAACGCUUCUUGCAAAUCCGCACUCCCUAUCUUUAGCAUCACGCGAUACUGCCAGUCUUGUCGAGGAAACCAGAUACAAGAUUUUAAGCAUAUUUCACGCCGAUCCGGCGGAAUAUGACAUUGUCUUUUCUCUAAAUGCAACACACGCAAUAAAGAUUGCUGCCUCCCUUAUCCAGGAUGCCGCAGAAAAUUCAUUCAACUACUAUUACAACAUUAACUGUCACACUUCGUUGAUUGGGUUGCGAACUUUAGCCGCCAAAUACGCAACUUUUGACGAUAUAUCCAGUUUUGAGCCAGUUGAAGACAAAGAUGGCAAAUAUCCAGCACUUAACUUUGUCUCGUGGACAGGACAGUCGAAUUUCAACGGCCAGAAGUUUCCUCUUGGCUGGUGUAAGGAGUUUAGAAGGCGAUUGGAUCAUUGCUACACACUUUAUGAUGCCUCUGCAUUGUCAACAUCCGAUCCUCCCGACUUAAGUGAUGCAAACAGCUCGCCAGACUUUGUGGUGAUGUCAUUCUACAAGAUUUUUGGAAUGCCAGAUAUAGGAGCGCUCAUUUUAAGGCGUUCGACUGCAAAACAGCUCGUUGAAAAAAGAAGAUACUUUGGUGGAGGCACAAUUGAUGCUCUCACGAUUGAGGAGCCGUUUUGCCGCCGGAGUAAGCAAUUGCAUCAAAGCCUAGAAGACGGAACGAUUCCGAUCCAUGCGAUUUUGGAAUUGUCCGUGGCGAUUGAUUCGCAUUAUCAGAUUUUCGGGUCUUUUAACAGCAUUCGUUUGCACACGGAUGAAAUCAGAAAAUACGCCAUUUGCAAGUUGAAGCAGCUGAAAUAUGGCAACACUGGGCGCAGAAUGCUGCAGAUUUAUGAUUGGCCAGAUGCCAAACACGGCCCUAUUAUUGCAUUUUCGCUUUUGUCGCCAGCAGGAGACCCGAUUGGGUAUUAUGGCUUUGGGAAGCUUGCCUCAGCUCGAAAUAUUUCGUUAAGAACGGGAACAUUAUGCAAUAUAGGCGGAAUUCAAAAGUUUCUCGAUCGCACAAAUGAGGAUAUAAGGCAAGACUACGAAAAAGGGCACAAGUGCGGUGAUAUAUUGGAUAUAAUCGAUGGAAAACCAACCGGUGUGAUAAGAGUGAGCUUUGGUGCGAUGACUAUGAUCUCAGAGAUUAAUACACUAGUUAAAUUCAUCACGGAGUAUCUUAAAGAGAGCAAUUUAAACAUUGAGGAGGGAAAUCCAGGAGAAAAGCACGAACUUGUAGUUAAAAGCUUGACGGUAUAUCCAAUAAAAUCGUGUCCAGGUUAUCGAAUACCGGAAGGCCGAAAAUGGAAAUUGACCAAGCACGGUUUCGAGUUCGAUCGCAGCUUUGUGCUUCUCGAUUUGCUGACGCAAAAGCCUCUUUUGCUAAAGAAUAAUCCCAGAAUGGCACUUUUAGAUUGUCGUGUGGAUCCACUAAAGCAUAUGCUUUAUGUGAGAGAUAAAAGAGGCGGUAAUAAGCUUUGGGUCAGUACCAACAUCCGGAGGUACAAAACCAAGCAGAUGGGAGAUUUCAUAGCGAUUUCAGAAAGAAAGAUGGUCAAGUUUUUCAGUGAUGUCAUGAACAUAGGCUGCACUUUGGCUGAGUUUGUUACCGAGAAGCAGAUGCAGAAUAAAACCGCUUUCUUACUAGUAAAUGAGAGAAGUAUGCGACAGGUUUCGAAAGAUGAUUCUCUCAUUUCAAGGUUCAGAGCCAACAUUGUUGUCGAUUCGGCACAUCCUUACAUUGAGGAUAAGUUGUCCGUUCUAACAGACAUGGACAGCGGAGUUGUGCUCAAGAAAAGAUGCAAAUGUGACAGAUGCUACAUGAUUACAGUGUCUGAUAGGGGGUCACGUGAUUCGUCGUUGCUUGUUGAGCUUUCAAAGGAGCGAAAACAGAAGGGAAAAGUAUAUUUUGGGGUGAAUAUCGAUGUUGAGAAUGUUGGUUACAGGUACAUGAGAGUUGGGGAUCGCAUAGUUGGAGAGGAGUGA